AUGCACAAGCUAUUCGACUUGCUUGAGGACGGUUCGCGUUUUCCAAGCGUUUCUCUCGGGCACUGCGUUUUGCACGUCAAUGCCUGCAGAGACUUUGUGCCUGCCUUUCUGGAAACUGUGGUAGCUAGCGAUUUGGGCAUUUUCCAAGAACUGGAGGGAUUUCACUAUAGUCCUGUGGAACGAAACACCUGCGUUUCGAUUCACUGCUUUUUGGACAAGCUGCAAGAGCAAUUUGCUUGCGUCCGACAUGCCACUCUCCUAUACAAUGCUCAUUUGGUCUACACCAACUUGCCUUUGGAUGACAUGAGGGUGCUCUACAGCUAUUUGGUGGCUUUCAAUGGAGCGGUGUCCAGCCAGAAGUUGAACAAGCCGCCUUUUGGUCCAACGGAGCAUGUUUGCAACUGCCCGGCUGUUGCAGCGAAUGGGUUGACAAGUCUGGAGAUAUUGCUUGGGAAUGCAUUGAUAUGUGGAAGAUCCGAUUUCAGAACUGCACACCCUGUGAAAAUACACCAAAUCCCAAGGCCUACUGAUGUUUACAGUAUUCUCAGCUUCCCUAUGAAACAACGGGCCGUUUGGGAGGGCAAAUUCAGGCACACCCAAAUUCCAAAAGAAAAUCCGAGGUAUAUCAUGUAUAGACGGGGACGCCCAAGAAGCAGAUUUAUGCCACCGCCAGCAGACAAGCAGAUUGCUCAAAACCCUCACCACUCGUGA